AUGUCGGUCAUCGUCCCUAUGGAGAGUCUAAACACAUCUGUUGUCGCAAACGACGACACCAACAAAUCUCCUGAUCGUCAUAUUCACUCCGCGCCACCUGAGUACACUGCUAGCCAAACAUCUUCCCUCUUAUCUGGAAUGUCAAAGGAUCGGAUAUCUGCAGUCGAAAAGGACAAGCUAUCGGGUGUCUCUAGUCCUGUCAAUCCAUACGAACAUCCAUUAUUUCCACCCUUACCUUCCUACCCCACUCCGAAUAUCGCUAGAAAUGUCGGUUACUAUGUCAUCAGAGCAAUAUCCUCCUCGCUCUCCGUCGGCUUUUUGUCUGUCCUCUUCAUUGGCGCAUUGGCUUGUACAGCGGGUACAGCAGUCACAAAGGCAAUUUCAAAAUUAACGGGCUUCGAUACAGAAUCGGAUGGGUAUUUACACGAAGAACAAAAGAUCCGCAGACAGACGAGGCUGGAAGCUGAUCGUCAAUGGCAUAUCCGGCAACAAAUGUCACUGGUUGACGAGGAACAAGUCCCGGAUGAGUAUGUGCCACGGGAAGGUGGGAAGGACCCCAUCGUCUCGGAUGUAGGAUAUUACGCUAGACGGGUUGGUCUUGAUGUAGAGACAUUUCGCGUGCAGACCGAGGACGGAUUCAUCAUCACGUUGUGGCAUGUCUUCGAUCCCGGUGAGUAUACGACCCUGUCCGAGGACGAGAGACGUGAACGCGGCCCUUCGGUUUUUAGUGAAACGGCGAAGCCGGGCUUGACCAAAUUUGCGACCAAUCGUCGAUACCCCGUUCUCCUUAUCCAUGGACUCAUGCAGAGUGCUGGUGCUUACUGUACGAAUGACGACGACAGCCUUGCUUUCUACCUCUGCAAAUCAGGGUACGAUGUCUGGCUGGGCAAUAACCGUUGCGGUGAACAUCCAGAGCACACAACCUUAUCUGCAUCCGACCCGCGCAUGUGGGCAUGGGAUAUUAGGCAUCUAGGCACCCUAGACCUGACAGCGCUCACCUCACGCGUCCUCUAUGAGACAGGGUUCAAAAAGCUAGGUCUAGUCUGCCACUCUCAGGGAACAACCGAAACAUUCGUGGCACUAGCGAAAGAGCAUCGCCCAGAACUAGGAGAGCGGAUAUCGGUCUUUUGCGCCCUAGCGCCAGCUGCGUAUGCCGGACCGCUAGUUAGCAAACCUUACUUCCGGUUUAUGCAAAACCUGUCCCCGAUUGUCUUCCGGCUUGUUUUUGGGAUCCACGCAUUCAUCCCAUUCAUGAUCACAGUCCGCCGCCUGUUCAAUCCAAGGUUAUACGGCAAUCUAGCAUACAUGGUAUUCGCCUUUCUGUUCGGCUGGUCCGACGCGCGUUGGGACCGCGAUCUCCGUAAUAGGAUGUUCCAAUUUGCGCCUAUCUACGUUAGUGCCGAGUGCAUGCGAUGGUGGCUAGGAAACGAAAGCUUCUCCAAACACCACUGUAUCUUAUCCCCUCGCGAUGAGUUCGAAGAUAGCAAUGGCAGUUCCAGCGAGAGCGACAUGGAAAGCGGAAAUAGCUCGCGUGAGCCACUGAUCUCGCGCAAGGAUGACGCUUGGUUCGGUCCCCGGACGCCACCCUUCGCUAUGUGGGUCGGUGGGUCCGAUGCCCUGGUAGACGGGGGCCGCCUACUCCGUCGUUUUCAGGACGGAUGCGAACCGCAUGUUCGAUUGGUUCAUUCUAAGAUUAUUGAGGGCUAUGAACAUCUUGAUGUUAUCUGGGCUUUGGAUGCUAUUGAGCAGGUCGGCAAGGAAGUACGAAUGGUUCUCUGGUCGACUAUGCCUGAUGAGGCGCGGCGGGUUUGCCGGGUUCCGAUGGGUUUAGAUCCACAUUUGUUGGAACUGGAUGUCGAUUAG